CUUGAUUAUAGUAAAGAGGAAUAGAGUGUAACCUGCGCCAUUAGAUCCAACAAGAAGGCAACGAUCACCAGGAUAAAGGGUAAGUGAGAAAUCAUCGAUCAAAGGGGUAGAUCCAGGUGGUGGAUGUCCAUCAAUACCAGGAUAUAACUAAUUUGAAGAACAGCAUCGGUCAACGAGCGGGGAUAGCUCAGUUGGGAGAGCGUCAGACUGAAGAUCUGAAGACCUUCAACCUGCCCGAUUCGUCGCUGAUCAGGAGGAGCUCUUACAUCUAUUAUCUUUUCAGUACUUUGACUGUUCCGCAGAAAAUAGCCUGAGACCUUCAAUCAUUUACUAAGCUUGUGAACUGAAUCCAUUCAGAUCAAUUUGCCGUGAGAGGCCAAUAAAGAGAAGGGAUUUGAAUAUAAAUGGCAGCUAUUUACAGCCUUUACAUCAUCAAUAAAUCAGGAGGGCUUAUCUUCUGCAAGGAUUAUGGGUCUGCUGGGAAAAUGGACACAAAUGAUAGUUUGAGAUUGGCUAGUCUGUGGCAUUCUAUGCAUGCUAUCUCUCAGCAGUUGUCCCCAGUUAAUGGUUGUGCCGGUAUUGAACUCCUUCAAGCUGAUACGUUUGAUCUCCAUUGCUUCCAAUCUCUUACCGGAACAAAAUUCUUUGUGGUCUGUGAACCUGGUACUCUGCAUAUGGAGAGUCUGUUGAAGUACAUCUACGAAUUAUACACUGAUUACGUCUUGAAGAAUCCCUUCUAUGAAAUGGAAAUGCCUAUACGGUGUGAGCUCUUCGACUUAAAUUUGUCACAGGCAGUCCAGAAAGAUCGGGUUGCCCUAUUGGGAAGAUGAGCUUCUCAAGUUCAUAAGCCAUAAGAUGUUGGUUGAUCUAUACUAUGGUAAAUUUUGUUGGACAGGUCCCAUUAGGACAUCUGUGAUGUGUUUUUCUUUGUUGUUACUGGACUCUUGAAAAAAUCAUUUUGAGAACAGCAACCCCUCAGUUAGGAUUUGUUAUGCAACACUGUCAGGGUUGAUGCUCUUCAGUCAUUAAGCCUCUCAAUUCUAUUUCAUGAAACAAACUUUAGUUGA